AUGUCCCCUACAAAUAUUGAGACUGAGGCCUUGGUUGUGGCUGCUCCUGGAGAUGACUUCAAGCUUGUGCCCAUCAUCCUGGACGAGGUCAGGGGAAAUGAGGUAUUGGUCGAGAUGAAGUAUUCAGGGAUUUGCCACACAGAUCUUGUUGUACAGAGUGGCCAGCUGCCCAUCCCAGAGUAUCCUGUUGUCCUUGGCCACGAAGGAGCGGGCAUCGUCAGGGCCAUCGGGGCGGAUUUCAAGGAUAAGUCCCUCCAGGUGGGCGACCAGGUCCUCCUGUCUUGGACCACCUGCCAGAAGUGCACGGCAUGCCUUGAGGGACGCCCCACGUUCUGCAUACUGCACGCCAGCCUUAACUUCAAGGCCGUGAGGCUUCAAGACGGGAGCACGCCUGCUAGGCUCCGAGAUGACGGUACGGCGGUCCGCGGUCAAUUCUUUGGCCACUCCUCCUUUGCGCGCCUGUCGGUCGUCGAAGGCUUCAGCGUCGUCAAGUGUCCCGUGCCAGACAUGUUGCCUUGUUAUGCACCACUAGGAUGUGCCUUCCAGACUGGCGCUGGCACCAUCCUGAGUGCCGUGAAGCCAAGCAAGAGCGCGUGCGUGGUCAUCUUCGGCCUGGGGAGCGUGGGCCUCGCAGCCCUGAUGGCUGCUGCGCACCUGGAAGUGAGGCAGCUGGUCGCUGUGGAUGUCGUCGACAGCAAGCUGGCACUGGCGACCGAGUUCGGCGCUACCCAUACCGUCAACGCCGCCAAGGAGGGGGACGGUCUUGUCUCGCGGCUCAAGGAGAUUACGGGCGGUGGCCCAGAUGUGGCUAUCGACUGCAGCGGGAACCCUCGUGCUCUCCAGGCUGUUCUGGACUGCAUUGGCUACGGUGGGACGGCUGUCUCUGUGGGCGUGCCUCCACCUGGUUGCAAACUCACUAUUGAUGCCCUCCCAUUCUUUAUGGAUAACAAGACGUUUCGGUCCGUCAUAGAAGGGCAGUCGACGCCAACUGAGUUUCUUCCAGAACUUAUCAAGCUUCAUCAGAACGGCAGGUUUCCAAUAGAUAAGAUCUGCAAAGUCUACUCGAUCAAAGAUUUUAAAGAGGCCUUGCAGGAUAUGCACGAGGGAAAGGUAAUCAAACCGAUUCUCAAGUGGGACUAAGCCCCAUCUAUGUUUCCGAACCUUAAAUCUUUUGUUUGCAUCUUGGUACAGAGAAGAGGUAGAAAGGAAGAAAUAAAAUUGUCAAUGCUUCUGGCAUGAUCCCGUC